AUGGGUUCAGGCUCUGAUCCCGAACACUCGCCAAAGAAGGGAGAGGUGAUGAAGAUGCCGACGCUCCCGGAGGAGGUUAUCCAGACGGAUACCCAUCGUAAUGAGUGUGUCCAGGAAUUACUACAGUCUGCUGAUCUGAGGAUAGUUUUGGUUGGGAAGUCUGGAGCAGGGAAAAGUGCAACAGGAAACACCAUCUUGGGGACAAGGGUGUUUAAAGUGGAUGCUUCUCCAGUGCCUGUAACUACAAAGAGUGAGAAACAGAGUGGAGAGGUGUAUGGGAAGAGGAUUGAGGUGGUUGACAGUCCAGGAAUCUGUGACAUAUUAUUGAAAGAAUCCCAUGUCCUUAUAAAAUUGAUGAACAAGAAAGGGGGAAAAGAGAGAAAGGAAAUAGAGAGCUGCAUCAAGAUGUCAGUCCCAGGACCCCAUGGGUUCCUGCUGGUGAUCAGAAUGGAUAGAUACACAGAGGAGCAAAGAAAAGCAGUGAAGUACAUCCAGGAGAACUUUGGAAAAGGGGCCUCAGACUUCACUAUAGUAUUAUUCACUGGUGCAGAUCAGCUGGAGGGAAAACCAGUAGAGGAGUUUCUGAAAGAGUGUCAGGAGCUUCAGAAACUGGUCAGAGUUUGUGGAGGCAGAUAUUAUGUCUUUAACAAUAAAGAGCAGAGAGACCAUACCCAGGUCAGGGUGCUGCUGAGGAAGAUAGAGGAGAUGGUGGAGGGGAAUGGAUACUACACCAAUGAGAUGUAUGAGAAGGCUCAGAAAGAGAUCCAGAGAAGUCAGUUGACGCCCACAACACAGGUCUGA